CUCUGCAGCCGGCUGCAGGCGCCGUGGCCCCCACCCAACCCCGCCGCCGCGGGACCGCCGGGCGUCCUCCAGCCGCCGGGAGCGCUGUGGGCCUCAGUGGGCCUGGUCGCAAACGCCCUGGCGGCCGCCGUGCGCUUGAAGGGAGCUGCUGGCGGGGCCCAGGGCGUCUCCGCCCGAGACCGCGCCACCGCUGCAGUCGCCACCAUGGCUACAAAGGACCCCACAGCUGUAGAGAGAGCAAACUUGUUAAACAUGGCUAAACUCAGUAUCAAAGGACUCAUUGAAUCUGCUCUAAGCUUUGGCCGCACUUUGGAUUCUGAUUAUCCCCCCUUGCAGCAGUUCUUCGUGGUCAUGGAACAUUGUUUGAAACAUGGUCUUAAAGUAAGAAAAUCAUUUUUGAGUUAUAACAAAACUAUUUGGGGCCCUUUGGAACUGGUGGAGAAGCUGUACCCAGAAGCAGAGGAAAUAGGAGCUAGUGUCCGAGAUUUACCUGGUCUUAAGACCCCCCUGGGUCGGGCAAGAGCAUGGCUUCGAUUAGCCCUCAUGCAAAAAAAAAUGGCUGAUUACCUGCGUUGCCUAAUUAUUCAGAGGGAUCUCUUGAGUGAAUUCUAUGAGUAUCAUGCACUAAUGAUGGAAGAAGAAGGAGCAGUGAUUGUUGGGCUGCUGGUUGGCCUGAAUGUGAUAGAUGCUAAUCUGUGUGUAAAGGGAGAGGAUUUAGACUCACAAGUUGGAGUGAUUGACUUUUCCAUGUAUUUAAAGAAUGAAGAAGAUAUUGGAAAUAAAGAAAGAAAUGUUCAAAUUGCUGCUAUAUUAGACCAGAAGAAUUAUGUUGAAGAAUUAAAUAGACAACUGAACAGUACAGUCAGCAGUCUCCAUUCAAGAGUUGACUCAUUAGAAAAGUCAAAUACUAAGCUGAUUGAAGAGUUAGCAAUAGCAAAGAAUAAUAUCAUUAAACUCCAAGAAGAAAAUCAUCAGUUACGAAGUGAAAAUAAAUUGAUUUUAAUGAAAACACAGCAGCAUCUAGAAGUUACCAAAGUAGAUGUGGAAACUGAGCUUCAAACAUAUAAGCAUUCUAGGCAGGGGCUAGAUGAAAUGUACAAUGAAGCCAGAAGGCAGCUUCGAGAUGAAUCUCAGUUAAGACAAGAUGUGGAGAAUGAGCUAGCGGUACAAGUCAGUAUGAAACAUGAGAUUGAACUUGCCAUGAAGUUGUUAGAGAAAGAUAUCCAUGAAAAACAAGAUACUCUAAUAGGCCUCCGACAACAGCUAGAGGAAGUUAAAGCAAUUAACAUAGAGAUGUAUCAAAAGUUGCAGGGUUCUGAAGAUGGUUUGAAAGAAAAAAAUGAAAUAAUUGCCCGGCUAGAAGAAAAAACCAGUAAAAUUACUGCAGCCAUGAGGCAGCUGGAACAAAGAUUGCAGCAAGCAGAGAAGGCGCAAAUGGACACUGAAGAUGAGGACAAGAAAUGCCUGCAAGAAUGUCAGAGUAAAUUCGACAGUCUCCAGAAACAAAUCUCCCAAAAGGAGAAACAGCUGGUGCAGCUGGAAACCGAUCUGAAGAUUGAGAAGGAAUGGAGGCAGACUUUGCAGGAAGACCUUCAAAAGGAAAAAGACACCUUAUCUCAUCUUAGAAAUGAGACCCAACAAAUCAUUAGUCUUAAAAAAGAGUUCCUUAACCUCCAGGAUGAAAAUCAGCAGUUGAAAAAAAUAUAUCAUGAACAGGAGCAAGCUCUUCAAGAACUUGGCAACAAACUUAGCGAAUCAAAACUUAAAAUAGAAGAUAUAAAAGAAGCUAACAAGGCAUUGCAGGGACUGGUUUGGUUGAAAGACAAAGAAGCAACACAUUGUAAACUCUGUGAAAAGGAAUUCUCACUUUCUAAGAGAAAGCACCAUUGUAGAAACUGUGGGGAAAUUUUCUGUAAUGCUUGCUCUGACAACGAACUGCCUUUGCCUUCUUCACCAAAGCCAGUAAGGGUUUGUGACUCCUGUCAUGCAUUACUGAUUCAGAGAUGCUCAUCUAACUUGCCGUAAGACUACAGAACUAAAUUCUUAUGAAAAGUAUUUAAGAUGAAUGUUAUGUAUGAACAUGUAUACAACAUAUUCAGACAGCCCUUCUUAAAGCAGCUUUCAGGCAGUACUGGUACUAAUUUUACCUUCCAUGUAUUUCAGCUCAUGGGAAUUAUAAAUUGUAUAAUUUGACAUUUCCUUCCCCAUUGAAGAAUUUAACACAGCAUGCUUUAAAGUAACUUUAGCCCAAUUCCUGAUGUAGUAUCAUGUAACUUAAUGCCAUUGUGAGGCCAGACAGCAUAGCUAACACGUUUGCCUUAUUUUGUAAAAGCCUUCUUAACAAUAGGGCUGCAAAUAUUUUAUUCUCUAGAUUGUCAAACUGAUACUUGAUGGUGCCUGUAAUUUUCUUAAUGCACUUUAAAGCUUCAGUUCUCAGAGAAAGAUUAAAAACGCAUAUUUUAUAAGUAUUAAUAUUCCAAUUCAACAGUUUUCAUUAGCUCAAACUGUAUUUACCUCUCCCCCCAUCCCCAUCACAUUAGGAAAGACAGACCUCCCAGAGAUCCCGCCGUGGCACAGUGGGCUGUUGUUUGUCCCUGCAGUAGUUAGAGGGUCCCUGGCCCAGGGAACUUCCACAUGCCACCGGCAUGGCUAAAAAGGAAAAAAAAAAGGCCUUCUUUCUCUAAAAUCAAUGCUGUAUUUGCUGAUAACUUUUAUUUUUCCUAAGUUUUAUUUUGAAAGGAAGUUAAAAUUCCAUAUGCAUUUCUUAGGGAGGACUUAUACCCCCUUUAAAAGCGGAAACAAAAUAAAUCCUUCGCCCAGGGGGAAAAAUGUAAUAGCAGGGAUUACAGGCUCCCGAUUCUUCUCUAAGCAUUAAAGGAGAAUCUAAAAUGCGAUUAAGUCUUGCCUUUGAUAUGACAGACCUGAGUAAUUAAGAAAACUUACAUUUCCAUUCCAGUAAUGUUUAAGGAGCAUUACAUUGUAGCAGUCUACUAUUGCAGUAGAGUAAAAAUUUCACUAUACUAAGUCAGGGUCUAGAAGAUUGAAGAUUGUAGCCUCAGCCCUGCCAUCAAAUGCAUGCUUGAACUAUUUCAAACAUGAAAGUCAAUGAACACUAACUCCCAUUUUGUUGCUUAUUGAAUUUAAUCUGUAAAAGAAAUUACCCUUGGGAGCUCCCAUUGUGGGUUAGUGGUAAUGAACAUGACUAGCAUCCAUGAGGAUGAGGGUUCAAUCCCCGGCCUUGCUUACUCAGUGGCUAAGG